AUGCCACCAUCCAGGGUCACAGCACAAAGACGAUUACUGAAAGAACUGCAACAUUUAAAUAAAGAUUGUCCUGAGGGUAUCAUAGCGGCCCCUAUAUCAGAUGAUAAUCUAUUUGAGUGGGAUUGUUUAAUCCAAGGGCCACCAGAUUCACCAUAUGAAAAUGGUGUUUUUAAUGCAAAGUUGAAUUUCCCUAGCGACUAUCCAUUAAGUCCACCAAAAUUGAUCUUUACACCAAGUAUACUCCACCCAAAUAUUUAUCCCAACGGAGAAGUUUGUAUUUCUAUAUUACACCCACCUGGUGCUGAUCCAAACAUGUAUGAAUUAGCUGAGGAAAGAUGGUCACCUGUUCAAAGCAUUGAAAAAAUAUUAUUAAGUGUCAUGAGCAUGUUGAGUGAACCUAAUGUGGAAAGUGGUGCCAAUAUAGAUGCCUGCAAGUUAUGGAGGGAUAAUAGAAAGGAAUAUGAGAAACAAGUUAAAGAUAACGUUAAGCACAGUUUAGGUUUAUAG